CUGCGGGGCUGGGUCACACUGGGUGUGUGUCUCCAACUGUACCUGGCUGUGCGUGUCUCCGUGUGAUAAGGUUCUGUAGCCUUGUCUCUGGCUGUGGCCGUCCCUGUGGGGCUCUGUGGGAUGAGGUGAUUGUAGCUGGGUGUCCAGCUGUGACUGUUCCCGCAGGGCUCUGUCCCCUGACCCUAUUGGGGCUGAGUCUUCACUGCAGAACUUCCGUGUUUGUACAUCAAGAGCGUCAACGUGAGAUCAAACUGCCAAAGAGGACGUGACUUGGUGAUGGAGGCUUUGCUGGAGAGAAUGCAAAGACAAGGGCACGGAGGCAGAGGGUUCUUAACGUCCUGCGAGGCAGAGCUGCAGGAGCUGAUGAAGCAGAUCGAUAUCAUGGUGGCUCAUAAGAAGUCUGAAUGGGAAGGGCAGACCCAGGCUCUGGAGACCUGCUUGGAGAUCCGAGAUCAAGAGCUUUCCUCUGUCAGGACUCUGUUGGAUGAGAAACACAAGGAGGUCGGUAGGUUGCGCCAGCAGUUAGAACACACUGAGCAAGUCCAACAAGGCAUGGUUGUGGAGUAUGAACAGCAGCUGAAGAAGUUUCAAGAAGAGCUAGGCAGGCUGAAGAGAAGCUAUGAGAAGCUGCAGAAGAAACAACUGAAAGAAGCUAGGGAGGGUCCCAAGAGCCACGGGGAUGACCGGUCCGAAGUGAGCAGAUUGACUAAGAAGAUAGAGGAAUUCCGCCAGAAAGCUCUAGACUGGGAGAAGCAGCGGUUGCUUUACCAGCAACAGGUGGCGUCACUGGAGGCCCAGAGGAAGGCUUUGACAGAGCAAUCUGAGCUCAUGCAGCAGACUCAGCUCACCAAUCGGAAGCAGAUGCUGGAAUCUGUGCAACUGGCCAGCCAAUCGGAAAUCCAGCAUUUAACCAGCAAACUGGAGCGAGCCAAUGAUACCAUCUGUGCCAAUGAGCUGGAGGUGGAGAGGCUUAACAUGAGAGUGGAUGACUUGACUGGAGCCAAUCAGAAGAUUCUGGAGGAUCACCAAAGAGUCCAAGAGGAGCUGGGGCAUUCUAAGAAAAUGCUGGAGGUAUUACAAGAGGAGAAGUUGGAGCUGAGAGUCACUCUGCAGUCCCAGGAGGAUUUCAUUAAGAGCUCAAAGAUGCAUCAGGAGCAGUUACAUAAGGAGCUGGCCAGCGUAACUGAAACCCUGCACAGCAAGGAGCUCCUUACCAGGUCACUGGAAGAACACCUGCGUGAGAAAUGGCUGUCACAGGAGUUCCCAGAGCUGGAGCAUGUACUCCUGCAGUUGGAUCUUGCACAGAAGAAUGAAAAGAACCUACAGUCAGAGGUGGCUCGUCUUGAGGGCAGCCUGGGAGUCAUAAAUGCCAGGUGUAUACAGCUGAGCAAGGAGCUGACAGAGAAGUGCAAAGAGCUGCGGGUGACGGAAGAACACCACUGCCUGGCCAAGGCUGAGAUUAAAAAGCUGAAGGAGCAGCUGUCUCAGGCUGAACAAACUCAUAGCAGUGAGCUAGAAGGGAUGAAAAAGGAGAUCUCCCAGUUGACGCAGGUGCUGCACCAGCGUGACAUUGCUAUCGCCUCGUCCAGCGGGUCCACUUCUGACAUGGAGCAACGAAUGAGAAUGGAGAUUGAAAGAGCAGAGAGGAAAGCUGUGGAGCACAGGGUGAUUCUGGUUCAUUUGGAAACCCUGAGGCUGGAGAACCGUCACCUCUCUGAGAUGUUGCAGAAGGUGGAGUCUAGUGUGUUGGGGGCAAAAGAUGUCCAUGUAACAGACAUUCAAGAAAGCUACACCACAGCACUAAAUAAAUUAGAGUCUGAGAACCAGCAACUGCAGAAGAACUUGGCAGAGACUAGAGCUAAGUUAGAGCUCUCCACUCAGGUCUGCCGGGACAAGUAUGAGAGCAUCGUGCAGCAAAUGCAAAGCAAAGUGACUGAGAUCAAGGAUACAGAAUGCAGAUUUAUGCGUUCUGUCCUGCUCUCCAGAAGAACCCAGGAGCUGCAGCACAAACAUGAGGAAGAAAAAAGGAAACUGCAGGCCAGGCUUGAAAAGACCAUUCAGCACUACAAAGGGGAGAUCCAGAAUCUGAAAGCCCACCAUGUGUUGCCUGGGAUGGGCGCUGUGUCAGAUGCAUCAGGCGGAUCGAACCCCCAUGUCAGUAGGAGCAGCUCUAAGGAAUCCCUGUCCUCUGACUCGCUGCCAGGAACAGACCCUUUGUCCCCUGUGCUGGAUGGAAAACAAGAUUUCACUGACGAUACAUCCAGGAAGUCAGUCUCCAGUCAACGGAGAGAACUUGUGCCCUUGUGCCCCCUGCCUACAGCUCCGAUUGGCUCAAUAGCAGCAAGGUUUUUGGAGGAGGAAGAAGUGAGAUCUCAGCGCAUCCUGGAACGCUUAGAUGCUCACAUUGAGGAACUGAAAAGGGAGAGCGAAAGGACAGUGAAACAGUUCACACACCAGAAGUAACAGUUCUUCAAGGUCUGUGGAUUUGAAGACUGGUUUAAUUAAACCACAUCAAACUGGGGGGGAGGUACCCAUGAACCUAAUAUAACUCAGAGCUUGCAGGAAAGAAGUCUCCUCAUUCCCCAAGCUGAAUUAGCAGUGUGGAAACCAAGGAAAUUGUGCUCGUCUCUGGAGCAAAACACUUUGCCUGGCGGGAGUGAUUGUGCUGGUGAAAGUACAUCUCCAUCUGAAACACUGGCUCAGGAGGCUAGAGGUCUCUGUUCCAGGAGAGACUGUGUGUGUGUUCACUGUCAUGGAGAUUGUGAUGUCUUCCCGGAGCAAAUUCCGGUGUAAACUAUUUAUUUAAAACUAUUUUUAUAUCUGUAAAAAAGAUAAAUAAAAGCAAAACAGGAAAAAUCCCUUUUCCCAUUCUCAUUCCCCCCCCUCCCAAAAAAAAAAAAAGGCACAAAGUAAAUCUUUCAGCCAGUGAGUUUUCAUUUGUAUACCAUCUCCAGGGAAUUAAUCUGACCAUCUGCUUCCAAGAGGUUGUUAUGCUCUUUUCAAAAAACAAGGUACACAGCAGGCCUAAGUGGGGGAGAAAACACUUUCCAAAUGAGGCUCUCGUCUCCUAGUGUACUGUUGGUAAAUAUUUCCUGGAGCUUCAUGCAACUCCUACACCUGGCUGCUUGCGUGCUGUGCUGUUCAUUUCCAUACGAUUCCAUCUUGCUCUUAUAUUGCUUCCACAGAUACUGAAGCAGCAAAAUACACAAGCAGAAAACAAAGAAAGGAAAGGUGGCAGAAUUCUCACUAUGGUGAUGGAUAUAAAAAAGGAGCAGUGGGAACAGAAGGUGAAGUAGAGUGUAAGGGAUAAACACACAUGAAUGAGAGCCACUAUAUUUGUACAACAGCUGUUUUACAGAGCACUGAGCAGCUGGUGGGAAUUGUAAGAGUGGUUUUAGGAGUCAGGUCAGUGUGCCAGAUAGCUUCUCAGAAGUCGUUUCAUUCUGACAGGAGGAGUACAUUUUAAGGCACUUGUCCUUGACUGUUUUCAGUGUGUGUUCUGUCACAUCUAAGGGAACAGAUUGGAGACCAAGCUUGAUGCUUUUGUUGUUGAUAAAGAAUGAAUUCCUAAUCUAUCCUCACCAGCUCCUUUGUUUUAUGUACUAGCCUCAUUUAUAAAGUGGACCGGAUUGGCUAACCCAGUCACGUGACAAGGUGGUGAGCUAAUGCUGCCACAUGGCUCCAGUAAGAGUCCUCACAAUGAAUAGGCCACUGAGUCAAAGUUAUUGUAAUAAAUUGUCAGCUGACCAAUCAGAAAGAAUUUUAUGCCCCUGUUAUAUAUUAGGUGAGAGAUUCAAAGAUCCCUAGGGGAGUUAGGUUCCCAGUUGCCAUUGAAAGUCAAUGUGAGUUGCACACCUAACUCCCUAGAUCCUGGCCAUUGUCUUUCCUCCUGCUCCUUUUUUGUGCUUCCUUUUCCUGCUGCUCAGACUCCAUCCCCCUCAUGUUCAUCCUCUCCCUCCUUGGCAAGGCUGUGGGUUCCCUGAGCAUGGUCCAGGUGGGCAUUGAUUCACACUACUCCGCACCCUGCUGCAUAGCUUGACUGAUAAAUGCAGUCUGAUUUAAAAUGUACACUAUGCUGUAUUAGCAUCUCCAUCCCCACAUUUGCCACUCCCUGUUUCUCUCUGUCCUUAUUAGUUUUUCACAACUGUUCAUCAGUUUUACACACUGACAAGACCUGAAAUCACAGACCCCAUGAAGACUUGCCGUAAGUGAUAAUCAGCUCCAUUGAUCCAGACCAUCCAGUGAAGGUGGUAAGUAAUGCCUGUCGAAACAAAGGCGAUUAUAUUCUGUUGUUGGAAGCUUUUGCCUCACCCACUCUCCUCCCCUCCCGUCAACUAUAAGUCAGUGCAUCUUUGAGAGCUCUCCUCAUGUGCCUGGGGAAUUUCAAAAUGUGGAGGAUUUGUGGGUCCCACCAGCUGUCCUUGAUAAAUGUGAAUGAUGGUUCUAGAGCCAUUCCAGAGUCUGUUCUGUCACACAAUGGGACCUAGUGCCCUUUUUUUCAAUGUGAUAUUUAUUAUGGACACUCCCUUUCCCAUAUAACAUAUCGGGCCUGAAGUCACACUGUGGUGGCAGGAUUUUCCAGCAUGCAUAGUGAUGGUCUGACUCUCCUCUGGUUCUGACUUCAAUUGGAGCAGAGGUAGGUCAAUGAAAACAAUUCAACAAGGCCCUAUAUAUCAGCUAACCACUCAGGCCAAAGGGGCAACAAUAGCAAAGGAUCUCAAGGCUUCCAUGAGUUGGAGUAUAUAAACAUUAGGGUGAUGGAAUCCUGGCCAUUAUCUAGUCAGUGGCAAAACUCCCAUUGACUCCAAUACGUGCCAGGAGUUUGCCCUAUGAUUAGCAAAACUUGGUAAAUCCUGAAGUAGAUGAUGGUUGCAGAUGAGCAACACUAAACAUGCCCAAUUAUGGAGGCUGUGGGUGGUAACUAGAGAGGAAAGAAACUUAACAGACAGACUGCCAUGAAAGGAGCAAUCACCCCAGUUGCAUCAGGUCAGGUUAUACAGCCACAUUCUGAGAUAUGAAGCCAAUAUACUGCUCAAAACAAAGCAAGAUGACAGCUAUCCCUACUCAUUUGGGGAUAUCAAAGGCAAUAUGCCAUUUGCUUGCACUGUAAUAAAAGGCAUGAAAAUACUAUUCCAUCAACAUCCCAUGCACCUAAAUACAAGCUGGAUAAAAAUCAAUGAUUUUUUUAAAAUAAAAUCUGAUUUUUUUUUAAUUUAAAUCAGAUUUUUUUGAUAAUUUUUUCCUCAAAAAGCAAUCUAAAGAUAGUUUUAAUUAAGAUACAUUAUAGCUCAAAGAUAUCUCACCAUGGAAUAGGGAUUAUAAAUUCUAAUUCUUCUUAUAUAUAUUAUAUGUAUAUAAAAUAUGUUUGCUGUUGAAGAAAAAAAUCCAGAAUACUUAACCUUGUUGUUUUAGUUAAAUAAAGCCAUUUACAUGUCUGUCUGGUGGUGAUCUCCUCCUAAUACAGCAUGGCAAGAAAAUCCUCCGAAUAUUAAUGAUAGUUCACCUCCCAAUGACUUCAUAAAUAUCUGCUUCAAUUACCAUUGGUAAAUGAAUAACCAAGCAAUCAUUCAUUUUCUGAUACAGCUGUAAAACUAAUCUGAAAAGUUUUCAAAAUAAAUCGCUGUUUAAAAAUGUAUAUUGUGUACCUUCUAAAAAUGAAACCUACAUCAAUC